AAAAAUCUGUGAAGUAAGUAAGAACAAAACUACGAAUGAAAAGUGAUUUCGGUGAGAAAAAUUGAAGUCUUUUCAUGUGAUUUUUGUGAAUUUGUGUUUGUGCAAAAUUCAUUGUAGACUAUUGUGUUUUUUAAAUAUUUUUGGAGAAAAGUUCCCAAAAAAACGUACUGCUUGGUAGUAAUAUGAGUAAUGUUACCAACCAAAAUGGAACAGGUCUAGAGCAGCAGCUUGCUGGUCUGGACUUGCAGCCUCAGGCUCCUAAGAGUGCUGGCCGCUACAUCCCCCCGCAUCUGCGUAGGUUGGCCAACAACUCUCAAGGAGAGGAGUCUAAGCGUUCAAGCUUAGACGCUCGUCCUAACGAUUCACGGGACAACCGUUCAUCAUUGGGAAACAACUCUAGAGGAUACGACCGUGGUGGUCGGCGCGACGACCGCGACCGUGACCGCGAACGUGACUACGAUCGCGGCUACGACUCGCGAUAUCCGCGCAGGGACCGCGGUCGUGACUCGUCAUACCAAAAUGGAGACUCAGAUCGCUGGGCCGAGCCCGGCUGGACAGACCGUUCAAAAGGUUCGGGAGGCCGCGACCGCGAGUCGCGCGAUAUACGCCGCGACGAGGACGUGGAGCCACCACAGCCACGCAACGACCGCUGGAAGGAGCCCGAACCACGCGCCGAGGAACGCAACUCGCGUUGGGCUUCCGAUGAUGUUCGCCGCACAAGCUCCCGCCGGGACGAGAACGACUGGACAAUCCCGCUACCUCGCGACGAGCGGCAGGAGUUGGAGCUGUUUGGCACUGGGAACACAGGCAUUAAUUUCUCCAAAUACGAGGAUAUUCCGGUUGAGGCCAGUGGCGACCGCGUACCGGACUACAUUACAAGCUUUGAGGAUGUUAACCUGACGGAAAUAAUGCGUUCGAACAUAUCUCUCGCGCGUUACGAUAAGCCGACGCCGGUGCAGAAGUAUGCGAUUCCGAUAGUAUUGGGCCGACGCGAUGUGAUGGCCUGCGCGCAGACUGGCUCUGGCAAGACGGCUGCUUUCCUCGUGCCCAUACUCAAUCAGAUGUAUGAGGCAGGGCCUGUGAAACAAUCCAGGCCUUACCACAGACCUAAACAGUACCCGCUGGGUUUGGUGUUGGCUCCAACGCGCGAGCUCGCCACUCAGAUUUACGACGAAGCUAGAAAGUUCGCCUACCGCUCCCGUGUACGUCCUUGUGUCGUGUACGGCGGUUCCCCAAUCCACGAACAGUUCCGCGAGCUGGAGCGCGGCUGCCACCUGCUGGUGGCAACUCCCGGCCGCCUGGUAGACAUGCUAGCUCGCGGCCGCGUGGGACUUGACCACUGCCGCCAUCUAGUUCUAGACGAGGCCGACAGGAUGCUCGACAUGGGCUUCGAGCCCCAAAUCCGAAAGAUCGUCGAGUGUCACACUAUGCCCAAGACGGGUGAACGACAGACACUCAUGUUCUCCGCCACUUUCCCCAAACAGAUUCAAGUAUUGGCGCAGGAUUUCUUGUAUAACUACGUGUUCCUUGCAGUAGGACGUGUUGGAUCUACAUCAGAGAAUAUUACACAAAAGGUGGUAUGGGUGGAAGAAUGCGAUAAACGCUCAUUCUUACUAGACUUGCUGAAUGCAUCCAACCUGCUGCAGACUGCACGUCCUGAGGAAGAUCAAUUAAUUCUUGUAUUCGUCGAGACUAAAAAAGGCGCGGACCAAUUGGAGGAAUACCUGGAUACGCAGGGCUACCCGGUGACGUCUAUCCACGGCGACCGCACGCAACGUGAGCGCGAGGAAGCGCUGCGCCGUUUCCGCUCCGGACAGACGCCGAUACUCGUUGCCACCGCUGUCGCCGCUAGAGGCUUAGACAUACCACAUGUACGUCACGUAAUCAACUUCGACCUGCCCUCUGACGUGGAGGAGUAUGUGCAUCGUAUCGGACGUACCGGCCGUAUGGGCAACCUUGGUGUGGCAACUUCAUUCUUCAACGACACUAAUCGCGGCCUCGCUCGCGAUUUAGUUGAGCUACUGGUGGAAGCUAAACAGGAUGUUCCCAAUUGGCUAACGAGCACGGCGGCGGAUGGCCGACUUGGUGGCGGCGGACGGCGUGCUGGCAGCCGCUCGGGAGGCGGACGCUUUGGCAGCAGCGGCGGCGGUUUCGGUGCCAGAGAUUUCCGCACACAGCCGCGCCAACCGGCGCGCUCAGGUGGACCCUCCUCCAUGGGCUCGGGAUUCGGUUACGGCGGCGGCGGCGGUUCUUACGGUGGCAACUAUGGCGGGUCUUACGGCGGCGGCGGCGGCGGCAGCAGCGGUGGCCCCGACUGGUGGGAUUCGUAAACCCAUCACGUGUUCGCACCGCCGUCCCUGCCCCUCCCCGCACAUCGGCAUUAACCAACGACCACACCGAAACUCGAUACAAACUCUUGAUUCUAAUUUAAGCGAUGUCCCCUUCGGGCCCUUAGCAGGUUACAUCACAACAUAGAUAGCCUGUCAACUCCAUCCGCAGUACUUCUGUAGGGUAUGAAUGUACGGGGCUGAAAAAUCUAUCAGCAGAUUAUCUUCCCUUUCCUACUUCGACAGUAACAUCAUCGCAAAAGUCGUCGUAUAGAUGGAAUAUAGAAUUCAACAUUUGUUUCGUAGUUCGAAAUAUUUUCCCAAUAUCAAAAUAUGCAGUGAAUGCUGUAUUCUGUACGAUUAAACCUCGCGAGCUCGCUACGAGUGCGGCGCAUGAAGUUGACAGGCUACUGUAUACUGUAUUUUGAAUGUAUUUAAUAGGAAGCGGUACCCCGUUUACACGGCGAUAUGGUUUUUACACUAGUAACGUUGGCUGUGGGCGUCGACUGCCUGAUGUACAGCGAUACUUCCAUUUAUAUGUAUACUUAUUCUAUGUGGCCGAUGUCGCCUUAAACGAUUGUCGUUUGUUUAAUUUUGAACGAUAAACAAAUGUAAAUUGGUCAAUGUAAAUGCACUCGAAUGACAGAAGCGAAGUUGUGCAGUGAAUGUUAGAGUUAAGUAGCCAUAGCAUAUAUUAGUUAAUAUGCCGUGUAUUGUGACGCAAUCGGCGAAGGGUCUAGUUUACAUUUUCUUAAUUCGUAACAGAAUUGAACUGAAAUUACCCCAUGAUUAUUUAAUAUGUAAUAUUAAUGAUAAUAUGUUGAAGGAGAGCGGUGCGACUGAGUACUGAGGAGGACGAGCGAAGGCCGGCCAAGGGCUCAGAAUCUCAAAGCGAUGCCCGCGUGGACGGCCUUCUUGUUUCUUAAUAUUUACAGUUUUAUUGUGGACAUGCUCUAACAAAUGUCUAAUUACCAGCGAGAGCGAUAGCUCGCGGUCACUAGUGCAGUUAUCGUUUUUAGAUUAAAUUAUUAUGAGAAUCAUCCGUUACGUUUAUGUCACAUCCGUCGUGACUCGCACGCGUUUUAUCAUUUUAGUACGAUUAUGUGAGUAGUCUAUUAAUAUAGAAAUAUUUUUGAUGUUCGAUCUGUAUUGUGAAUUCGUAAAUGAAUGAUGUAAUGUGUAUUUUCUAUUUUCUGACAAUCCCAUUGCUGACUCGCUCCUGACACUGGAAUUUUGAAGCAUUUACGCACCCUAAAAUCGAUGUAGUUAUUGAAGAUGUAGGUAGUGUAGAAAUUGAAAAGUACCGAUACAGUAUAAUAAUAGUAUAUAAUAAUUACUAAAUUUUCUGUAGAAAUCCCAAUAUAUAACAUCUGUCAUCGACGUGGUCUAUAAUUUGAAUGUGAAUUUACCAAUAAAAAUUAAGAAACA